AGGGGGCGGGCUGGGGAGCAAGGGCCCCAGGCGGCGGCGGCGGCGGUGGCUGCGGCUGCGGACCGGAGAGCGCGCGGUCAGGCCGGACGGGAUGAGCGGAGCCGGGGCUGCCGGCUCCGUGCGCGGGCUGCGGGUGGACGGGCUGCCUCCGCUGCCCAAGAGCCUGAGCGGGCUGCUGCACUCGGCGUCGGGCGGCGGCGCGUCGGGGGGUUGGAGGCACCUGGAGAGGUUGUACGCGCAGAAGUCCCGCAUCCAGGACGAGCUGAGCCGCGGGAGCGCGGGAGGCGGCGGGGCUAGGGCGGCGGCGCUGCCCGCCAAGCCCCCCAACCUGGACGCCGCGCUGGCCCUGUUGCGCAAGGAGAUGGUUGGCCUCCGACAGCUGGACAUGUCCUUGCUCUGCCAGUUGUACAGCCUCUAUGAGUCCAUCCAGGAAUACAAGGGAGCCUGCCAGGCAGCGGCCAGCCCAGACAGCACUUACGCUCUGGAGAACGGCUUCUUCGAUGAAGAGGACGAAUAUUUCCAGGAGCAGAACUCCAUCCAGGAUGGGAAGGAGCGAGGCCCCCCAAGGGACCUGACGCUGCCCGUCUCCCCACUCUCCAGCGGCGACUGGAUCCUGGAGUCCAUCUAAAGGAUGCAGGAGGCAGGCCACUGUCAGCACGGGCUUCUCUUCUGUGGGCCGUCCUCGAGCCUGUGGGACCAGCACUGCCAGCUUAAUUUGCAGGCGGGGACAUGUGCCUGGGCGUGGGGGCCGUGGUCUGUUUGGAGGGCCACUUUCUGCUGAGUGAUCUGGAGGUGCUCAGCAGUCUCCUCACACCCCGGUCCUGAGACCCUGUGGCCAAGGGGUUAUACUGAGAGAAUAAUGAGAGAAUCCCUGGAGAAGACCUCUUGUAUUCUGGGCAAGAUGAAACAGCUUGUAUAUAGCUAGUUACUUUUCUGCUGGUGGGGUUUGCUUCCGGUUUGCAGUGUGUGAGAGCUCACAUUUCACUACUGCCCUUCCUCAGGACCUUCCGCUGCCUUUCUUGCUGUUUCAUGAGCUUCAGAGCCACUUGGUUGAGCUUUAUUUAUUUGUAAGCUGCAUUACUAAUUGUCCAGGGGACUCAGUAAAAAAAGUGUACUGAGAAAGUAAACCUUUCAGGCCACACCAAUCAAGAGACUUGCAUUCUCUGAACCUGUCCAGAUAUUUUGUGUCCUUCUCUGUGCAUCAGAGAUGGGUGGAAGACAGUGCAGAGUUACCUCGAGCUGGGAAACAAAACGGGCAAGCGAUGUGUAUCAUUCACUGUAAGGUGGUGAACGGUUUUGGUUUUAAAGAUUCUGGGUAUCAGCUGUAGUAUGUUAGAAAGCAAACUCUUCCACUCAAUACGGUGAUCACCUGAAGCCUUACUAUAUUUAUUAAAAUCUUUUAUGAACACUUUACACUUUGUAGGUUAAAAGUAAAGAUAAAAGGCUAAACUAUC